GUACAGGAAGUUGUAUAGUUGCGUCGUUAUUUUCACUGGUUGUGGUGUUUUGUCUAACCAAAGAAAAUAAAUCUGACUCAUAUUAUUUAUUCUUUGCAGCGUUUCGUAUUCGCUCCAGCAAAAUGAAACACAACUCCAACGUUCCCGCGUUUCUCACCAAGCUGUGGACCCUUGUCGAGGAUUCGGAUACAAAUGAAUUUAUUUGCUGGAGCCAGGAAGGAAACAGUUUCCUUGUACUUGAUGAACAAAGGUUUGCGAAAGAGAUUCUCCCAAAGUUUUUCAAGCACAACAACAUGGCCAGUUUUGUCCGACAGCUCAACAUGUAUGGUUUCCGCAAAGUGAUGCACAUCGACACAGGCGUAGUGAAACAAGAGCGCGAUGGACCAGUUGAAUUCCAGCAUCCGUAUUUCAAACAUGGCCAAGAUGAUUUGUUAGAGAAUAUCAAAAGAAAGGUGUCCAAUGCACGGCCUGAGGAGAGCAAAAUUAAGCAAGAAGAUCUUUCCAAAAUUCUGACCAGUGUUCAGAAUGUGCAUGAGCAGCAAGAAAACAUGGAUGCUAGACUAGCUACACUGAAAAGAGAGAAUGAAAGUCUUUGGACAGAGCUGUCAGACCUCAGACAGAAGCAUGCACAGCAGCAGCAGGUCAUAAAGGAGCUGGUGCAGUUCAUCUUCACAUUGGUUCAGAAUAAUCGUUUGUUGAAUUUAAAACGCAAAAGGCCGCUUACACUGAACAGCAACGGAAAGAAGUCGAAAUUCAUUCACCAGAUCUUUGAAGAACCGAUGGAACACAGCAAACCUGCAGUGAAUGGACUCAAUGGAUUGAAGAGCACUUCCGACAUUUCUGAAGAUGUCGUUAUCUGUGACAUCACAGAUGAAGAUGCAGAAUUGACGGAUGGCGUACCGAUAGCAGCCGACCAAGGAGAUGGCGAAAUUCUAGAGGUUGCUUGUGAAAGCAGCUCGACGGUAAGAAACGACGGCACAAGCGGAAGCGUAACGCAUUCGACCGCUCCGCAAGAAGCAAUGCCCAAAAGCGUCUCUGACGUUUCGUCAAGCGCCCUGCAGCUGAACAAACCCUCAGCUCUAAGUUCAGAGGAUCCCGUGAAGCUCAUGGACUCCAUUCUCAGGGAAAAUGGAGCCAUUUCACAAAAUAUAAACCUUCUUGGCAAAGUUGAGCUGAUGGACUAUCUGGACAGCAUCGACUGCAGUCUGGAAGACUUCCAGGCCAUGCUGUAUGGAAAACAGUUCAGCAUUGACCCAGAUAUCAUACAGGAAGCCGUCUCUGAAACGAAGGAUAACGCCAGCAAAGGGAGGCCCGAGUCUGUCAACACCGAUAAGCGGCUCAUCCAGUACACCACCUGCCCUCUGCUGGCUUUCCUGGAUGGAUGCGCCCCUCUGGCCCCACCGGAUUCUCCGACCGAGAGCCCCGAGGAACCCGCAGACCUGCUGGCCGAGGCCGAGCCCCCUCGCAGCUCUCUCAUCCGCCUGGAGCCGCUCACGGAGGCCGAGGCGAGCGAGACCACGCUCUUCUAUCUGUGCGAACUGAACUCUGACCUGCACGGCGCCGACACGCCGCAGCUCGAUAUCUGAAAGCGAAACCGUUUCAUCGGCUUUUUCAUUCGCUGUAAAUAUUCAUCAAAAUGAUGACAUUCAUUUGCCAGAAUUUAUUUGGUACCGUCUGCCCGCGACAUUCCUUCCUUUUCGCAGAUGCUUCUAGUUAACGUUCACUAGCUAGUGUCCUUUCCGCGAUCUCUACUAGGAGGUUAGGCUUGCGGUUGUGUUGCCGUUUUAUUAUAGAGCAGUUCAGAAAAUGUUACAGCUGUCUUUUAUGUAUAUGGUAUAGAAGUGCCUGCCCGAUGUCCUAAUGUCACUGUGAGAUAGACGUGAAGACUUUUGGCUUUCGGUUAGUUCCAUAACGUUAGACAAUACACAGCGAUUCUCGUCACGGUGAGCUUUUCGUCGUUGUACAAGGCUUUGCGGUAGCAUUAAAGGAAUUCAAACAUC